GUUAAAUCUAAAAUUAAAUAAUGAGUACUUUCUUUGUAAACUUAUUUACUUUGUAUAAGCACAAGUUUAUGUUCGAAAAUGAAAAAUAUAAGAUGUCUUUAUACUAUGAAAUAAAGUCAAUGUCGCUACUAGAGAAUUAUUCUAUAUAUAAUGUUAUUAAAUUAAAUUUAUAUGGAGGUGAUACUUAUAUUUGCACCUAGAUUUCACUACUGAGUAGCGAAACCCAACGACAAAAACAUAAAUUUAACUGCAUCGUUUAAUCCAUCAAUCUCCUCCGACUUCCGACUUAAUCAACACUCACUCCUCACUUGUUCUUCAUCCCUAUCCCUUAUGGCCACUGCAACCGGGGAUGACCAACCCAAGCUCAAGCUCUAUUCCUACUGGAGGAGUUCUUGCUCCUUCCGGGUUAGGAUCGCCCUCAAUUUGAAAGGGCUACACUACGACUACGAAGCAGUUAACCUUGUGAAAGGAGAGCAACGAAAUCCAGAGUUUUUGAAGCUCAACCCGAUCGGGUACGUGCCCGUGCUGGUGGAUGGGGACAUAGUUUUGUCUGAUUCUUUUGCUAUCUUAUUGUAUUUGGAUGAGAAGUACCCUCAACACCCGCUCUUGCCAACUGAUCUCAAAAGAAAAGCUAUUAAUUUGCAGGUUGCAAAUAUUGUUUCAGCAAGCAUACAGCCUCUUCAAAAUCUGGUACUACUGAGUUACAUCAAAGAAAAAUUCGGUCCAGAAGAGAUAACACCUUGGGUUAAAUAUCAUCUUGGAAAUGGCUUUGCAGCACUUGAGGGUCUGCUAAAAAACUAUGCUGGAAGAUAUGCAACUGGAGAUGAAGUCUUCUUGGCGGAUUUAUUUUUAGCACCUCAAAUACAUUCUUUUGUUACAAGAUUCAAUUUUGACCUGAGCCAAUACCCUAUUUUGUCCCGGCUGAAUGAGGCAUACAGUCUACUGCCAGCAUUUCAAAAUGCCAUGCCAGAGAAGCAGCCUGAUUAUCCUUCCUCCAGCACUAGUUAGAUAAAUGGGCUAUGAAGGUUGAUGAACUGCUGAACAGAAUCUGAACAGAUCAAACAAACAUAUGGACACUUGUAAGUGGUAGUAUAUAUGUAUAUGCUAAUAAACCUUGGACUGCCAGUGGAAACUGAGGAUUUGGGUAUUUAUGGUUAUUAUAAUCUUUGUUUCAGUUAUGUUUCUUGAAAUGAUUUCAAAUAGAAGAAGCUUUUCAUUUGUUAUGC